GCAAGAGGCGGCCUGAGCGCUGCUUGCCCCGCGCGUGGGAGUGCAGAGCUGCCGCUGCGCGCCGCGCCGCGCCGCCGCCGGGACCAUGGUGUUCUACUUCACCAGCAGCAGCGUUAAUUCAUCUGCUUACACUAUUUACAUGGGAAAGGAUAAAUACGAAAAUGAAGACCUAAUAAAGCACGGCUGGCCUGAGGAUAUCUGGUUUCAUGUGGACAAACUCUCCUCGGCUCAUGUAUACCUCCGAUUGCAUAAGGGAGAGAAGAUAGAGGACAUCCCGAAGGACGUGCUGAUGGACUGUGCCCACCUCGUGAAGGCCAACAGCAUCCAAGGCUGCAAGAUGAACAACAUCACCGUGGUCUAUACGCCGUGGGCCAACCUGAAGAAAACGGCUGACAUGGACGUGGGUGAAUUGGAGAGGAAAAGUCAGUCUGACUCCUCCCUCUCUCCUGCAAAGGUGAAAAUUGUAACCGUUGAGAAGAAAGUGAAUGAGAUCCUGAACCGGUUAGAGAAGACCAAGACGGAGCGGUUCCCGGACCUGGCAGCAGAGAAGGAGUGCAGGGACCGAGAGGAGAGGAACGAGAAGAAAGCCCAGAUUCAGGAAAUGAAAAGGAGAGAGAAGGAAGAGAUGAAGAAGAAGAGGGAAAUGGACGAGCUUAGGAGCUAUUCAUCACUAAUGAAAGUGGAGAACAUGUCUUCAAAUCAGGAUGGCAACGAUUCAGACGAAUUCAUGUGAGUGGAGAAAAAGGACCUUUUACGGAUGUGAAUUUAGGGACAGUUGCAGAUAUUUUGAUUACAUCUAUGUUCUGAGUGACAAAAAACAAACAACAGAACUCUACCUUCCUUCUAUACAAAUAUUAAUCCGUUUUGGAGUUAACAAAAUUGUUACCCUUUUUUGCUGACAGAAAAGGAUAAAAUAUAUAUAUAUAUAUGUAAUAUUGUUGGACUUGAAGACAGCAUUUAACUUUAGGAAAGUGAAAAUAUUUUUGCCAGAGCACAUCUUGGUACCUCCUGGAAGUUGGCUGACCUUGUUUUUGGAACAGACUUUAGAACGAACCAACUCUUAAAAGACUAUUUCUAUUACUGUGGUCUGUCCCUGAAAAUAGAUGUCUUAAAAAGCGUUU